UUAGUAUUUUUUUUAUAAUUAAAAAUAUUAAUACAAAUUGUUAUAAACUAUUCCAAUCAUUAGAUAGAAAAAUGUAAUUAAUGUGAAUUUUAUUUGAUUCAACAUUUAAUUGAACAAACGACACGAAUUAUAAUCUGCGCGAAUAUUCAAGAAAAAAAAACACCGAAGUAUUGAUGUCGUAAUGCGCUUGCGUACAAAUUGCUGUAACAAACAGAACAGUCUAGACAACUUUAAAGUUUAAGUAAUCCCGAAUGAAGGAAUAAUUUUUAUUUGCGAGGUAUAUUGACAUCAGAGAGGAGCCUCUUGCAAAGAUUAAAUUAAUGUCCAAAUUCCUUUCUUCGAGUAAAAAAAUUACUUACACACAGGCCUUGAUUUGAUCCAUAAAAAAAGAAAAAAGACAAUAUCUGAUGUGUUCUCAUUUAUAUAUAAGGAUAUUCUACGACAUGUAAUCUAUUCUCCCCGGAUUGCAGACCAGCUGAGAGAUGGGCUUGACCAAGCAGUAUCUGAAAUACGUGCCGGCAGGUAACGCGAAUAUAAUCGCGAGUCCCCGGUGCAACGUUGUCUUCGUGAGAUUGGACGGUCAAGAAGGUAGAUUCGUAGCUGCCGCCGCGUGCGAACACGUAUACAUUUGGGAUCUGCGACUCGGUGAGAAGGCGCAGGUAUUGUCCGGGGAAAAGGUGUGCGUGACACGUCUGGCUGCGUCACCCGAUAGGAGACACAUUGCAGUCGGUUACGCAGACGGCACGGUGAAAACCUUCGAUCUGACCAGCGGCGAGAACGUCAGUGUAUUCGUGGGACAUAAAUCCGAGAUAACAGCCUUGGCGUACGAUGCGUUGGGACAUAGAUUAGCCACUGGUUCCAAGGACACAGAUAUUAUCGUCUGGGACGUUGUGGCAGAGAUUGGAAUAUGUCGGUUAAGCGGACACAAAGGCGUUGUGACCAAGUUGGUGUUCAUGAGAGAGCAUAAUAUUAUCAUCAGCGCUAGCAAAGAUACGUUUGUGAAGUUUUGGGAUCUGGACACGGAGCAUAACUUCAAAACCCUCGUUGGACAUAAGUCAGAAGUUUGGAGUCUCGUCCUAAUGAACGACGAUCGUUAUUUAAUAACGGGAUGCAAUGACGUGGAAUUACGUGUUUGGAAAAUAACGUUCCUCGAUAAUAAGAAUAUUGAAUUGGAUGCUGCUAUUGGUACGUUAGAGAUCAAUGAAGAAAAUGAGGAAAGUGUGGAUACAGAUAUGAAAUACCCAAUAAAAUGUGAAAAAGUUGGAAGUAUAUUAAGAACUGCCAGCGGCCGAGUUGUUUCGUUAGAAGUUGACCCCACAUGCAAAGUUCUUGGAUGCCAUGGAUUGGGAAAUUCCAUAGAAUUGUUUUAUCUCCUAUCUGACGACACAAUAAAAGAUAAAUUUGCGAAAAGACUGAAGAAACAAAGACGGAAGGCUCAAAAGGAGGGGAAUGAUGCAGAGAAGGAGCUACCUAAUGCACCAUCCCUAAAAGACGAGAUAAAACGUUUGCCUGUUGUUCGAGUAUCCGGCAAAGCAAAAGGACUAGAUUUAGUGAUUGGCAAAGGAAACGAACUCAGAUUAUGCGUUGGAGUCAAUAACAAUUCGAUUGAAUUGCAUUCUUUGUACAUGGAAGAGAAGAAUCCGGAAGUAAAGCGUUUGCGCGCAAUAACGGCACACGGACAUCGCACGGAUGUACGUGCUGUCUGUUUUAGCUCCGACAAUUUGGCGUUUGCCACCGUUAGCGGAGAUUCUGUCAAAUUAUGGAACAGACCAACGUUAGCGUGUUUACGCACAGUGCUGUGCGGCUACGCCUUGACGGUAACGUUCGUGCCGGGUGACAGACAUCUGAUUGUCGGUCUGAAGGACGGGAAAAUGCUUAUUAUCGACAUCGCAUCCGGCGAUAUCUUGGAAGAAGUGUCGGCACAUUCCAAGGAGCUUUGGAGCGUGACGUUAUUCCCCGACUUGAAAGGAGUUGCCAGCGGCGGUGGUGAUCAGACGGUGAAGUUUUGGAACUUCGAACUUAUUCAGGAUUCCGACAGUCAGAUAAAGGCGAAAGUCCUCUCUGUCUUGCACACGAGGACGCUCAAGCUCGAGGAGACCGUGCUGUGCGUAAGAAUGAGUCCGAAUAAUAGAUUUGUGGCUGUUUCUCUAUUGGACUCUACCAUUAAAAUCUUCUUCUUGGACACAUUUAAGUUCUUCGUGUCGCUCUACGGACACAAGCUACCGGCACUGAGCAUGGAUAUAUCCAGCGACUCCACGCUCAUAGCGACCGGUUCUGCCGACCGCAACGUCAAGAUCUGGGGUUUGGAUUUCGGCGAUUGUCACAAGUCUAUAUUCGCGCACGACGACUCUGUCACGGGUCUCUCGUUCGUCCCUGGAACUCACUAUUUCUUUACCUCCGGUAAAGACGGCAAAAUUAAGCAGUGGGAUGCCGACAUAUUUCAAAAAAUCACCACGUUACAGGGUCACGCUGGAGAGAGUUGGAAUUGUUGCGUUUCGCCAAACGGGGUUUACGCCGCAUCGUGCGGUUCCGAUCGGGUAGUUAGGUUGUACGAGAAAACUGGCGAACCUUUGGUAUUGCAAGACCAAGCGGAAGAGGAGAGGGAACAACAGGAAAGCGAAUUAGUUACCGGGGAAAGUACUGCGGUAUUAGGACAGAAACAACAGGCGUUGCCUUCCAGAAAGACGGUUAACAGCGAGAAGGCUGCUGAACUGAUACUGGAAUGCUUGGAGAUAUCCAGUCAAUAUGAGACAGAAUUGAGUAAAGCUGGCUCUACCGACAAAGCACCACCCCUUCCACUGCUGAUGCAGGCUUACGAUUGCACGAGCACAGAAGACUUCUUAUUGGAAACUUUUAAACGAGUUAGAGCGAGUGAAUUGGAGGAGACGUUACUGUUAUUGCCAUACUCGGCCGCCUGUGAUAUUCUUCAGAGACUCCCCAACUUGUUAAAAAACGACUAUCACGCUGAGCUACUAGCCAGAUUAGCUCUGUGCUUAGUACAAGCGCAUCAUGGUCCGAUAGUGGCCAAUCAAAAUCUUUUGCCCACAUUGGAGAUCGUCAAGAAACUCGCUGUUGAAAGGAUCUCUUCUUUAAGGGAUACUGUCGGCCUUAAUUUACACGGUAUGAUGUAUGUGCAACGCGUUCUUGAGGAACGCGAAGGAAUCAAAUUCUUCAGGGAUGCCAGUAAGAAUGUCCAACACAAGAGGAAAAUCAAGAGAAAUAAGGAGAAGGCUAUAAAGAGAGCAAUCAUGAAUUUGUAGAUCUUAACAACAUGAAGAACUUUGUACAUAUAUGUAGCACAAAUGUUUUUUACACAACUUCUGUACAUAUAUCAAAGUAAUAAAUAAUAAUAAUGCUUUUUAAUUAUAAA